AUGCAUGAUUAUUACGAAAGACAAGAUCUAAGAUCUCAACAGCCAGAAAAUUUGCGCAGAAAAACCCUCGGAGAAACUGAAAUUACAAGAACUGGCUUAAAUCAAAUGCUAAGAAUUCAUUUUAACACAGACCAAUUCGAACGAGAUCAAAAGGAAAACCUUGAUAAGAUGUUCGAUGAUAUCAAAAGCUUUUUGAGCUUUUUGAAUAUUGAUACUUCAGAAGUUCAGAAUUCUACUUCAUUAGCCAGCCUUAAGUCGCAUUCUGUCUGCGGUGGUAAAUGUAAUAGUGUUCCAAGUAAUUUACCAGAAGAUGUUGAUUUGUACAUUCUCGUGAAGCCAGCAGCACUAAACGGUUCUACCCUAGCGCAAGCAGCAGCUAUUGAUGAUUGUCGUACUCAAAGUAAAAGACCUUACGCUGGCUACAUCAAAAUUAAUAGUAACAGAAACAUCACAGUCCAGUAUCUCAAUAGUUCGCACAGAGAUUUAAUUACGACAAUUCUUCAUGAAUUACAGCAUGUCCUUUCAUUCUCAUCAUCCAAUUUCGAAAAAUGGAUCGGAUAUGACCAAGAUAAGGUCAGAAAAUCUAUUGUAAAUGAAAAAUAUAAUAUCACUCAGACAUUUCUCAUUACGCCACGUCUUAAGGAAUGGGUUCAUUCCCGUUUCUUCGUUCACAGUUCUAAAUACGACGAUUUUGGACUUGAAUUAGAAGAUGACGGUGGUGAAGGUACAGUGAAUUCCCAUCCAAAUGCCAGGCUUUACUUCACAGAUCUAAUGCAAGGCGUUACAUACGGUCCAGCCUACAUUUCCCCGAUAUUCUUCUUAUCUCUCUUAGAUUCCGGUUGGUACACAAUUCCCGAUGAAAAUCUAAUGAAUUCCCGCAUGGAACUUCUUCCAUAUCUCGAUUUAACCCUUGUUCAAACUACAGAAAUACAAAAUGAGAAAUUACUUGACAACCCAGCAUAUAUAGCGUAUCCACCAUCAUACCUAUGCAAGAACGGCGCCACCACAUGCUUCCCAGGCAAUUUAUACAAGGCAGUCUGCGAUCUUAUUUCAGUCGAAGAUUUUUACAAGGUAAAUGCAGAUGAUCGACCAAUUGUUCAGGAAAGGAACCAUUUCUGGUACUACCCAUCUGAAACUUCGCUCGUUAUUAACGAAAGUACUUUAGAUUUGGCUCCAACUUACUCUCCUUACAGGCCUUGCAACGAGGAACCAGCAGAUGGCAAGGACAUUGGCGAGGAGUACAGUGAUAGUUCUAUAUGCGUAAUGUCCUUAUCUGCUUCAAUUACGGAAUCUAUUUCUUAUUCUCCAAAAUGCAUGAAAGCGGAGUGCCUCAGCGAUAACAAACUGGCUAUUAUAUACAAAGAUAAACGUUAUACAUGCCAAAAUGAUGGAGAUAAACUUUCAAUUCCAGGAUAUCCAGGUUACAUCAUUUGUCCGCCAGCAAGAUCAGUGUGCACCAUCAAGACAAAUAAAAGAGAACCAACGAUACUUGUAAAUGAAAUCAUUCCAGACAGAGGAACCUAUCAAGGAAAGAAUAUCAUUCAAUUCAACGGCCAAGGCUACAAACAGUACUCAAAUCUGACUAUAGCAGUUGGCGGUGUCGACUGCAAACCAGUUCACAUGAAUGACAAGAUGAUUCUUUGCAAAUUAGGUGAAGGAAAAGACAGUUUGAAGGGACAGACUGUUGAUAUCGUUUUGAAAAAUAAUGAUAUCACGACAACCCUCGAAAAAUCCUACAUUUUCUUGAACACAAAAUAUGAUGGAAAAUAA